AAGAACUGGAUUGAAAGUCAUGCGCAAAGCACCGGUUGUUGUCUGCGAGGUGAUCGUUAAUAAUGAGAAAACUACGGUUUUCGCACUGAAGAUUAACUCUUCUCGUUUUAUCCGUAAGCGUUUUGAGGACUAUGUGCACUUCUACCUGAAAUUUAAAGACAAGUUGAACUUCACAAUAAAGCGCGCUCCAAAGAAGCGAUUCUUUCAAGCCGAAGCGAAACUAAACGAAAAACGAAGAAAAUGGAUUGUUGCUUUUGUGCAGGAAUUACUUACAUAUUACCAUGAGGAUGCCAGCGCAUCAAAUUUUGAUUUUAUUACCACUAUUGGGAAAGGAAACUUUGGCCGAGUCUUCCAAGUUCGACAUAUAGAGACAGGAAAAAUUUAUGCCAUGAAAGUGUUGUCAAAGGAGCAUAUUAGAAAGAAGAAUGAGGUGAAACAUGUGAUGGCCGAACUAAAUGUCCUUAAGUCAAACAUCCACCAUCCCUUCCUUGUCUCGCUUCACUUCUCCUUCCAAAGUAAAUAUAAGCUAUACUUCGUUCUUGAUCAUCUUAAUGGUGGAGAGGUUGGUGACUUAUUUUAUCCUCUUACUGCCCAAAAUGAUAUAAUGUUGCAGUUAUUCUCACACUUACAACGUGAAAAACACUUCAGCGAGUCGAGAAGUCGUUUCUAUGCUUCUCAAAUUGCUUCAGCGCUUGGCUAUCUGCAUAAUAAUCAUAUAAUUUAUAGAGAUUUGAAGCCGGAAAACUUAAUACUGGACAAAUAUGGUUAUCUGGUUCUGACCGAUUUCGGACUAUGCAAAGAAAACAUGAGUGCAACUUCAGUGACGAGCACAUUCUGUGGGACACCAGAGUAUCUUGCUCCAGAGAUACUGUUGAGGCAACCGUAUGGUAUCGCAGUGGAUUGGUGGUGCCUGGGUUGUGUUCUAUAUGAAAUGUUAAAUGGUCUGCCGCCCUUCUAUGCUCAAGAUCAUAACGAGAUGUUCAAACGGAUAAUAAGUGAGCCGGUGAAGAUACAACGUAAUAUUUCAGGAGUAUCCAAUGAUAUUAUCACUAAGCUGCUGAGAAAAGAUAGAACGAAUAGGCUCGGCGCUAAGUUGGACUUUAAAGAAGUCAGCGAUCAUCCAUUUUUCCUUCCCAUUGACUGGGACAAACUUCUGCGACGAGGACAUCACUAAUU